UUUUACAUUCAAUUGGACUCUCAAUGUUAUCCAAAGUGCUAACUAAACUAGAUACAUCAUAAACAUACAUGUGCAACACGAAAAUGGCUUUAAUUAAUACUUAACGACGCGGCAAAGUUAUUAGCAGUGAGAGCGCGGAGUGCAGUUACUGUGUGCAGCUAACAUGGUAGGAUGUGUCUGAGAACUUUUGUACAUGUCUUUACAUGAUGAAAAUUAAGUAAAUAUUCCUUUCUUUAUGAAAGUUUGUAGUGUUUACUUUGGAAUCGCCGCAUUCGCGGCCAUUUUUAAUGUUACGCGCAUGCGCAAAACCCGCAAGGUAGCAAUUUUUGAUGGGUUGCAAAUUUUGUCAGAACACCGGCAAGAAAUUUUCUUCCCCCUCUCCCAUCUCGAAAUUCUAGCCACUUUCACCCACCCCUGUGAGUGGAGGGUGGCUUGACCGCAGUCACGACUGUUACUAAAUUAGCCUGCCCACGUACACGCAGCUUUACGGCACUCGAGCUGGGGUUGUCCUGACAACUCGUCUGUGGCCCGCUCUCUAUAACAUUAAAGAGAAUAUACGAAAGGGGAGAGCAAAAGACCUGCAUAUAAUGUCGACCGCCACUUGUGUGUCCUAAAGGACCUCCAUAUUGUCACACUGUUAACUUGGGGGCUCCGUCUUUUCCACCGCUGGGGAAAGCCAUUUCAACACAGCACUACAAUGGAGGCGCCUGAAAGGGACGAUACUCCAGCUCUACCUUUGGCGAUGGACGAAGGAGGCAAGGACGUUUCAGAGAUAAGAGCCUCUGAAGAAGCCAUCAUGUUCAUAAACGGCAUUGACCCCAUUGAGCUGCCAAAAUGUGUGUUUGAGGACUCUCUAGUGACCAUUUCUGAAGGUGGACGAGACUUGGGAAGUUUCUAUGUGUCUGUAGAGUUUGCCCGCAGAGCCUGUAGGCCAUGUAUGUUGCUACAUGCACAAAGCCAGGGGGCCAUUGACAACUCCCCAUGUGGGACAACUGUGACGGCCUAUCUUACGGCUGACCUUGAGGUGCUGGAGGAAGAACAUCACGAGUAUGUCAAGCUGAGCGAUCACAUUUUGGACAAGAGGUGUCAUAUGGUGCAACAUGAUGGAGAGAUGAAGAUUAAUAAAGUUACCACUGUUGGGAACCGAGGGCUAGAAGAGAAGCUGAUGGAGAUUGAUGGCGAGACUGUGGAGGUAUUCGGGGUGGAGAGAACUGUUCAUUGGCUGGAUGAAGACCCGACUACAUGGCAAUGCUACUUUUUGUCUGAUGGGCAUCUUGCUAGCAGACUGCAGGUGGGAUCUCCAAUUACUAUGAGGUUGUUGCAGCUGCCAUCACAAAAGGAAGAAGGUACUAGCACAGCCAUAGUGUAUACUAAUUCUAGUAUAAAAUUGGCUUUGUUUAUGUUUUGUGUUUACUCAUUGUUUGUUUUUUCAGCAUAUGAAAAAAUCCCCCUGGUUUGGGAAGAAGAUAUACAGAUGCGUUCAAAGUUCUUGGACAGAAAGGAGGAGCUGAAGGCUGAUCACGCUUCAUAUUUGAAAGCCAACCCAGAGAUCCGUGCGCUCAUAUCCGACUUCCUGCAAUUCUUGCUACUCAAGAAACCAGAUGAUGUCUUCCAGUUUGCCAGAGAAUACUUCUUUCCCUUCACUUCGGACACAAAUUUAGACACCUCACCACACUGAAAUCUUAUCUAAUUUUAUCUUGCACUUUUACAUACAUAUAGUUUAUAUACAUAGUGACGAGCAAAAAUGUUUGCACCCCUUGUGAUUCUGCAAGUUGACCCACUUAGAAAAUAGGUAGAGGUCUGAAACUUCAAUUAUGGAUGCACUACCACUUAUAGAGACAUACAGUAAUCUUAAAAGAAAUCCGGAAUUCGUAUUGUAUGAUUUUUCAAUCAUUUAUUUUUAAUUUAAGAAUUUGUACCCCUGAAAAAAUCGGUGCUAAUUUUUUAGCGCAGAAGCCUUUGUUUGCAAGUACUGAGUUCAGACGUUUUCUGUAGUUUCUAAAACAGGGAUUUUGGCCCAUUCCUCCACACAAAUCUUCUCUCAAUCUGUCAGGUUUCGGGGCUGUUGUUGAGAAACACGAAGUUUUAGCUCCAGCCAAAGAUUUUCUAUUGGAUUGAGGUCUGGAGACUGGCUAGGCCACGCCAGAACAUUGAUAUGCUUUUUACACAGUCACUCCUUGGUCAGUUUGGCUGUGUGCUUCGGAUCAUUGUCAUGUUGGAAAAUCCAGCCACAACUCAUCUUCAAGUCUCUGACUGGGGGAAGGAGGUUUUAGCUCAAAAUCUGACAAUAGAUUUCUCCAUUCAUCCUCUGAUUUAUUCAGUACAGUCGUUCUGUCCCCUUUGCGGAAAAGCAUGAGGUUUCCACCCCCAUACUUCACAGUGGGGAUGGUGUUCUCGGAAUUGUAUUCAUUCUUCUUUUUCCUUCACACAUGUUGAGUAACGUUUGCUCCAAAAAGUUCUACUUUAGUCUCAUCUGACCACAUGACAUUCUCCCAUGACCCAUUUGCAAUAUUCAGAUGAGCCCUGGCAAACUUCAGAUGGGCCUUUACAUGUACUGGCUUCGACAGGGGAACCUUCUGAGCAAUGCAUGAUUUUAAACCAUUUCACCAUAGUGUUCUACUGAUAGUACCCUUUCAAACUGUGCAUUCAGCUCUCUUCAGGUCAUUGACCGCCUCCUGCCGUGUAGUUCUAGGCUGAGCCCUCACUUUUCUCAUCAUGAGUGAUGCCCCACGAGAAGAGAUUGUACAUGUAGCCCCUGUCCGAGGAAGAUUAUCAGUCAUGUUUAGCCGUUUGCAUUUUGUAACAAUUGCUGCAACUGUUGAUUUAUUCUCACCAAGCUGCUUUCCAAUUGUCCAUAGCCUUUUCCAGCUUUGUGGAGCUCAACAAAUUUUUCUCGGGUGUCUUUAAAAAGCUCUCUGGUCAUGCUUAUGGUAGCAGUUAGAUUAUGACUGACUGUGGAGUGCACAGGUCACAAUAAAUGAGCUCAAACAGGUGGUGGGUGGGUGGUUACUCAUGGGGUAAAGGUAGACUUUUUUUCAAGGUAGACUGACAACUCUUUGAAUGUCAUAAUUAUUGCUGAUUCGUAGGGGAACAGAUACUUAUGAACCCCACUAAAUUACCGAUGAAAUUGUUUUUUUUUUUAAAUCAUAAAAUUUGAGUUCCAGAUUUUUUUUUAGAAUAUGUCUCUAUAAAUGGAAAUGCAUCUAUGAUUGAAAUUUCAGACGUCUACCCAUUUUCUAAGUGGGUGAACUUGCAAAAUCACAAGGUGUGAAAAUACAUUGCGACAUUUAUUUGAUUUAUAUGUGUGGAAUAUAGCAUGAAACUGUGUCAAAAUUGUAUUGAUUUCUCCAGCUACUUUCUGAUUUAUAAAUUCUGUUCAUUGUUUAAUUUUUCUGAGUUUAAGAGAGUUUGUAUUGUUUACUGUACGUAUUUGGAAAGUUGCUAGAGUUAUUGGAAAAAACCUUCAGAUGUAGAGCAAAUUUAGAUCCCUCAUUAAAUUAACUUUUUUUUUUUUUUUACUAAGAACUGAGAAGAUCUUAUCGUUUGUUUUGAGCUAUCUCUCUGGAAUCUUCAUAUGGAGAGCAAGAAAUAGAGAAACAUGAAAAUUUUAUUCCAAUUCAGGUUCUCAACCCUCACGCAUUGAGAGGAUUUCUCACGCAUUUCAGGUCAUUCUCAGGCCACAUAUUGUAUUUCUGACACCACAAAUAUAACUCUGACUAUUGUCAUAAUAAUAAAAAUUAAAUUAUACUGGAACACAUGUAUAAGAGUAGAUGUCUGAAGGUGUUAUUCGCAGUGUAAAUAACUUCUCUGGUGUGCUCUAUUGUAGUGGACGUGAAGUGAG